GCUGGGCGCGCAGCCGGGCCAUGCAGGGCGCAGAACGGACGCGGCGCUGCUGAGGACCGGCCGUGCUCCGAGCCGAGCCGAGCGCCCCAGAGGCGGCUGAUGCGCCCCAAGUCCCACACAACGCAGCCGGGCCCGCAUCGCCACGGGUCACCAUGCUUUUCGGAGCAUCUCUGCUGGGCCUGCUUUUAUUCUCCAAGUUGGUCUUGAAGCUGCCCUGGACCCAGGUGGGCUUCUCGCUUCUACUCUUCUACCUGGGCUCUGGCGGCUGGCGCUUCGUCCGAGUCUUCAUCAAGACCAUCCGGCGAGAUGUCUUUGGCGGCCUGGUGCUCCUGAGGGUGAAGCGCAAAGUGCGGCGCUACCUGAAGGAACGAUGGACAGUGCCCACUCUGUUCGCCGCCACGGUCCGGCGCCACCCUGACAAGACGGCCCUGAUCUUCGAAGGCACCGAUACCCACUGGACCUUCCGCCAGCUGGACGAAUACUCCAAUGGCGUCGCUAACUUCCUAAAGGCCCAGGGCCUGGUCUCAGGCGAUGCUGUGGCCCUCUUCAUGGAGAACCGCAAUGAGUUUGUGGGCUUGUGGCUGGGCAUGGCCAAGCUGGGCGUGGAGGCCGCACUCAUCAACACCAACCUCAGGCGGGAUGCCCUGCGCCACUGUCUUACCACCUCUAAGGCACGGGCCCUGAUCUUCAGCAGCGAGAUGGCCCCAGCUGUAGUCGAGAUCCAGGAUAGCCUAGAUCCCUCACUUGGACUCUUCUGCUCUGGCCCCUGGGAGCCUAGCACUGUGCCCAGCAGCACGAAGCACCUGGACCCCCUGUUGGAAGAUGCCCCCAAGCACCAGCCCGGUCGCCCAGACAAGGGUUUUACAGAUAAGCUCUUCUACAUCUACACAUCAGGCACUACCGGGCUCCCCAAAGCCGCCAUCGUGGUGCACAGCAGGUACUACCGAAUGGCUGCGCUGGUGUACUAUGGCUUCCGCAUGCGGUCCAACGACAUCGUCUACAACUGCCUGCCCCUUUAUCACUCGGCAGGGAACAUCGUGGGCAUCGGGCAGUGUCUGAUCCAUGGCAUGACUGUAGUGAUCCGCAAGAAGUUCUCGGCCUCCCGCUUCUGGGAUGACUGUGUCAAGUACAACUGUACGAUUGUGCAGUACAUCGGGGAGCUGUGUCGAUAUCUCCUGAACCAGCCGCCCCGGGAGGCAGAGCAGCAGCACCGGGUGCGCAUUGCCCUGGGCAAUGGCCUUCGCCCAUCUAUUUGGACUGACUUUGCAGGCCGCUUCCGCAUCCCCCAAGUGGCCGAGUUCUACGGAGCCACCGAGUGCAAUUGCAGCCUGGGGAACUUCGACAGCCAGGUGGGAGCCUGUGGCUUCAACAGCCGUAUCCUGUCCUUCGUCUACCCUAUCCGGCUGGUCCGUGUCAACGAGGACACCAUGGAGCUGAUCCGAGGGCCCGAUGGUGUCUGCAUUCCUUGUGAGCCAGGGGAGCCGGGCCAGCUGGUGGGCCGCAUCAUCCAGAAGGACCCCCUGCGCCGGUUCGAUGGCUACCUCAACCAGAGCGCCAACAACAAGAAGAUCGCCACAGACGUCUUCAAGAAGGGGGAUCAGGCCUACCUCACGGGCGACGUGCUGGUGAUGGACGAGCUGGGCUACCUGUACUUCCGAGACCGCACUGGGGACACCUACCGCUGGAAAGGCGAGAAUGUGUCCACCACCGAGGUCGAGGGCACCCUCAGCCGCCUGCUGGACAUGGCCGAUGUGGCCGUGUAUGGUGUCGAGGUGCCAGGAACCGAAGGCCGGGCUGGCAUGGCAGCUGUGGCCAACCCCACGGGCACCUGUGACCUGCAGCACUUUGCACAGAGCCUGCAGAAGGAGCUGCCGCUGUACGCACGCCCCAUCUUCCUGCGCUUUCUGCCUGAGCUGCACAAGACAGGGACCUACAAACUGCAAAAGACAGAUCUUCGGAAGGAGGCCUUCGAUCCAGCUGUGGUGAAAGACCCACUGUUUUACCUGGAUGCCCGGAAGGGCCGCUAUGUCCCCCUGGACCAGGAGGCCUACACACGCAUCCAGUCCGGCGAGGAGAAGCUGUGAGGUGCCCCCUGUGGCCCUCUGAGGCCGGCAGCUGCUGGAUUCAGAACCCCAUCUCCCGUCCAGAGGGGGUUCUGGGGUGCCACACCAAAGCAAACAGGGCCAGCCCCCCGCCCCUCCUAGGGCUGGCCGCCUUCUCCCCCAAACUGCCAAGUGACUCACUGCCGCCUCUCCUGCCCCCAUGGGCUUUCUGUGAAAGACAGUGGUCGAGGUGACUUCUGGGGGUCCUCCUGGCAAGGCCCUUGUGCCCUAGGCAGAGACUGACUGGCCCUGCCGGCUGAGGUCUUGGGUCCAAGCAAGGGGAGGCGGAAGGGUGUCUGGCUCAUCCAGAGCAGGGGACCUUCGUGGGCCCAGCGCCAAAGCGCCCAGACUCAGGAAGCCGGCAGAGUUAGGGAGGGAGAAAGGGGGAGAAGGGGAGAUGUGAGCGUGGACGGAUCCCAUCGAUGGUCCUGACACGCUGCACCAGUGGUCCUGGGCCCAGCCUGCAGCACCCGGUGGCCACCAGGCUGUCACUUGGGCUGGGCUUUUGCACUGGUGGGUCUCUGUCCCUUCCACCGUCCCUCAUCUCAGUCCUGGCCUAGCUACAAGGAGGAGGGGUGGGGGGUACUCAGGGGCCAAUAAACUCCACCUUCACCCC